GGGACAAACAGAAGCAGCUCCUGCGGCGAUGUGGUAAAACAGGCAACAGAGUUCCAUUUACCGGUGAUGCGGAGGCGGAGCUCUCUGACCGCGGAGAAGGACAGCGACCCGGAGCUGAAGCAGCGACCCGGCAGAGCGGCGGCGCAUCCGGCGACCCGAGGCCGACAGGGCCCGGGAGAGGAGCCGGGGAUGGGGAAGAGACCGUUCAGGAGGCUGGGGCUGCUGGGAAAGAUAAAGAGGAUGAUGAUGGUGCUGCUCUUCGUCUAUGUCUCCAUCCCCUUCAUCAUCAAGCUCUUCCCCUCCAUCCAGGCCAAACUCGUCUUCCUCAACUUUGUGAGGAUGCCGUACUUCAUCGACCUGAAGCGACCUCUGGAUCAGGGGCUGAACCACACACAGAACCUCUACCUGGAGCCUGAGGCAGGCCAGAAGAUCGGAGUCUGGCACACGGUUCCCGCUCAGAUGUGGAGAGACGCUCAGGGCAAAGAUGGCGACUGGUACCGCUCCGCCUUUACCUCCGCCCACCCUGUCAUCCUCUAUCUCCAUGGCAACGCAGGGACCAGAGGCGGCGACCACCGGGUGCAGCUGUACAAGGUCCUCAGUUCGCUGGGAUACCAUGUGGUGACCUUUGACUACAGAGGGUGGGGCGACUCAGACGGAUCGCCAUCAGAGCGAGGGAUGACAUCAGACGCUCUUUUCGUCUACGAUUGGCUGAGACAGAGGAUGGAGAAAACUCUGCCGCUCUACAUCUGGGGCCACUCUCUGGGGACUGGAGUCGCAACGAACCUGGUGAGACGGCUGUCUGAGCGAGGAAGUCCUCCUGACGCACUCAUCCUGGAGUCUCCGUUCACCAACAUCAGAGAGGAGGCCAAGAGCCACCCCUUCUCCAUGGUGUACCGCUUCCUGCCCGGCUUCGACUGGUUCUUUCUGGACUCCAUCACCGCCAACAACAUCCGCUUCACCAACGACGAGAAUGUGGACCACAUUUCCUGUCCGGUUCUGAUUCUACACGCCGAGGACGACGGAGUGGUUCCGUUCCAUCUGGGCAAAAAGCUCUACAGUCUGGCGUCUCGCUCCAGCAGCCUGAGCGGUCAUAAGGUUCAGUUCGUGGCGUUCCCGGCGGCUCUCGCCUUCAGACACAAGUUCAUCUACAGGAGCCCGGAGCUGCCAAACAUCCUCAGUGACUUCCUGGGAGCGGCUCACCCCGCCGUGGCGUGACGACGGCUUGUCUUCAUGGACCGAACAUUCCUGUUACCAUUCCCGACAUCCCGGCUGACGGUACGGCUACCACUGUUACCAUGGUUACCAGUGUGACCGUGUCCUGUGGGCUGCAGAGCGGAGGUUUUGUUUCUCACCUGCAUGGCUCCUCCUCACCGUCGGCAGGAAACUGUUUCCUGUUCUGACUUGAAAUAUUAAUUAAAUCUGGUUUUAUGUA